AGCAAAUAAACGACACCGUUUGCAACGCCGCUGCAUAAACCCUACAAAACCCCAUCACACACGGAGGCUGGGGCUCUCUUUGUCUCACCAUGGGUUUCUUCGACCUUAACAUUCCCUACCUUGAAUCUCCGCCCUCCAAUAACACCGCUCACAAAACCGCACGUGUCAAAAUCGUUAUUAAGGCAAUGGAGCUCGGAUACUCCGGAAUCGCCUACAACCGUACGAUCAAGGGCGUCAUGUCAGAUAACGAGCGUUGCUCUAUCUCUCUCCUCUCUCUCUCGUCUCUCCUCAAAGUCACUCCCUCUCUCUCCUCCUCCGUCAAUUUCCACCGUGACCUUCUCGGCGUCCCUCCUGCCUCCCCCUUCCGUCAGUACACGCGCCUCACCGUUUGCGCCGAUUCUCACGCUCAGUCCCAGGUGCUGAACUCUGGCAAUCCCGUUUUAAAAACCUACGAUAUCGUCGCUGUUCGGCCCUUGAAUCAGAACGCGUUUGAUCAUGCGUGUGAGAAGGCUGAGGUGGAUAUAAUUUCGAUUAAUUUCGCGGAGAGAAUGCUGUUCAGAUUGAAGCAGCCUAUGGUUAAGGCUGCUAUCGAGCGUGGAGUUUAUUUCGAACUCACGUACUCUGAUCUUAUCCUUGACCUUCAAUUAAGGAGACAAAUGAUAUCGAAUGCUAAGUUACUGGUGGAUUGGACUCGAGGAAAGAAUCUCAUCUUCUCAAGUGGUGCCCCUUCUGUUAAUGAACUUAGGGGACCAUACGAUGUGGCAAAUUUAUCGUCUUUGCUUGGGCUUUCUGUUGAACGAGCUAAAGCAGCAGUUUCCAAAAAUUGUAGGACUCUUUUAACUAAUGCCAUAAGGAAAAAACACUUUUUCAAGGAGACUAUUCGAGUUGAAGCACUAUCAUCUGGUGAGCGAACUGACUCCAAGGAACCUUGGUCUGGGGACUGGCUUAAAUGGGAUCCUAUCUCUAGUGGUGAAGGUGAUUUGCAGCUAGAUGAAUUGGCAAAAUCUUUCACUGCCUCAAGUAAAGAAUCCAAAACUGUGAAAGCCAUUGAUUUUGCUUCAGUUAUGAGUAGCAUGCCAUCCCAGGGUUUUCAAGUAAAGGAUUUGAUGUUUGGAACUCAGGCUGUAUCCCAUUCACGGGAUAAGGAUAGUGGUAAAGAGAUUUUAUCCGCUACUGAGACAGUUGAGACAUCUGUUGCAACUGGUGGAGUGUCUGAACAGCAGACAAGGCUUAAUCUUCUUCCUGAAACUGACCAGGCUUCAUUAGAUAAUGCUCCACCAAAACCCCAGUCUUUUGGCUGUGAAGAAGCACAGAAGUUAGGUUUACCUAGUGAUUUUGCAGAAAUGGUAAUCAGUUCUGAGGAUAUUGGGACUCGAACAACCACCACUAUGGAGGAAUUGAAUAAUCCAGAUAUGUCAAAUGAACUAUUUGCAGCAAACAAUACAGAAAGGUACAAUCAAUAUUCACAAAAUUGCAUCCCUAGUCAUGAAGUGGAUGUUGUCUUAUCAAAAGAAAUCUUGAAAUGUCAGACCUUGACUAGAUGUGUUGAGCUAGAUGCUGUGUCUAAUUUAGAGGGUGUCCCUCCUUGUAAUGCAUUUGAUUUUCCUGCUGGUCAAAAUGAAGAAUCUAAAAGUGUAGAACAUUCUGAUGCACAAUUAGGUUCUCAAAAAGGCUCAAGUGGUGAAGUUAGAAUGGAGAUAGAUAUAAAAGCUCAAGAAGAUACAUCUUCGGCAUUAAAUGAUGAGUCUUUGCUAGAAAAUGUCACUGAAACAGAACAUUUCAGGGAACCUGUAGAUGAUCAAGUUGCCUCUGAUCAAAAUCUGUUUUAGGAGUCCUCUAUUGAGAUAAAAGUUAAAGAUGACUCUUCAGUUUUGAGUCAUGCGAACCUGGAGAAAGUGACAAUGGAAGAACAACAGGGCGGAGAUAAACCAAGGGAAACUGGAGACCAUGGACUUCUUGUUGAUCAGAUCCUGGUUCCGGAGUCUUCCGGUGAGAUCACAAUUAAAGAUGACUUUGCAGUUGAAAAUCAUAUGGCCCAGGAUGAGUUCACAAUGGAAGAUCUGAGUCAUGGAGAACAAAUCAGGGAACCUGCAGUUGGAAUUGUUGCUGAUCAAACUCUUUUCAUGGAUUCUUGUAAUGACAUUGGAGUUAAAGAUGACCAUUCCGUUACAAAUUAUGAGGCCGUGGAGGAUG